GAGAGAGCCGGGCCGAGGGAGGGCGGCGGCGCGCGGGGGCCAAGCGGCGGCGGCGGCGGCCGGGCGGAUUGAAGUCGUUACACUUUAGUGGAAUCAUAAGACAUUGAAGUUCCUUAUUAUGGAAAAUAGUGAGUCUAGAAAGAAUUUUCCCCCAUUGAAUGGCAGUAAUUAAUUACUCGUGUCACAUUUCACCAGUCAGCUGUGUCAGGGGAUGGCUUGGACCGAAAUGAGAACUGGACCAUCAUCAUUGCUGAUUCCAAAGUAGAGAACACAUUCACUUUGAGCCAUCAGUAUUUAGAAGCCAGAGAAGAACAUCUGUUGUAAAGGCCUCGAAAUGCAGAGCAGUAAGUCUGAUGGCAGUAACUCCAGUGGAAAUGAAUUGAAUGGACCAGAGUCCAGUGGGACAGAUUCCCUUGAUAAAGAAUCCGAUGAGAUGUGGAAAGAAGGCAAAGCUGGGGCUGACAGCAACAGUGAGCAGCAAGAUCGAGACAAGACUUCUGAAGAACUUAUGAUGGUGGUCCGAGAAAUGAAAAAGUAUUUCCCCUCUGAGAAAAAUCAUAAGCCUAGUAUUCUGGAUGCCCUCAACUAUGCCCUUCGCUGCGUGCACAGCGUGCAAGCCAACAAUGAGUUUUUCCAGAUUCUCAGACCAAAUGGAGCACACCAAGCAGAUGUGACUAAGUACACCCUCGAGGAGCUGGCUACCAUCGCUUCGGAACACACGUCAAAAAACACAGAUACCUUUGUGGCGGUUUUUUCGUUUCUGUCGGGAAAGUUGGUACAUGUUUCGGAGCAGGCCACUCUCAUUCUGAACUGUAAGAAGAAUUCCCUGGCAUCCUCUCCAUUUGUCGAGCUGCUUGCCCCUCAAGAUGUGAGGGUGUUCUACGCACAUACGGCCCAGGCCCAUCUUCCAUUCUGGAAUGUCAGCACCCAAACAGCCUCCCAAUACGAAUAUUCCCAAGUGAAGCCCUUUUUCUGCAGGAUCAGGGGAGGUAAAGACCGAGAACAAGAGGCCCGUUAUUACCCAUUCCGGAUCACCCCCUAUGGGAUCGAUGUGUACAGCUCUGCUGAUGCAGAGUCAGAGCCCUGCUGCCUCACUCUGCUUGAGAAGAUCCACUCUGGUUAUGAAGCUCCCCGGAUUCCUGUGAAUAAAAGGAUCUUUACAACAACCCAUACCCCAGGGUGUGUGUUUCUUGAAGUGGAUGAAAGAGCUGUGCCUUUGCUGGGCUACCUCCCUCAGGACCUGAUUGGAACCUCCGUCUUAAUGUACCUGCAUCCGGAAGACCGUCCUCUGAUGUUUGCUGUGCACCAAAAAAUCUUGAAGUACGCGGGCCAACCUCCCUUUGAACAUUCACCCAUUAGAUUUUGCACUCAGAAUGGAGAUUACGUCAUAUUGGAUUCCAGCUGGUCCAGCUUCGUGAACCCGUGGAGCCGGAAAGUUUCCUUCAUCAUCGGCCGACACAAAGUCCGAACGAGCCCAUUAAACGAAGAUGUUUUUGCUGCCAGAAUCAAGAAGAUGAGCAGCAUUGACAAAGAUAUAAUGGAAUUACAAGAUCAAAUCUACAAACUUCUGUUACAGCCAGUUCACGUCAGUGGGUCCAGUGGCUACGGCAGCCUGGGAAGCAAUGGGUCGCAGGAACAUUACAUUAGCAUCGCGUCAUCUAGCGAAUCCAGUGGGAACUGUGUCGAGGAAAUACAGAAGGAGCCAAUGACAUUGCAGCAGGUCUGUGCCACGGUCAACAGAAUCAAAAACCUGGGUCAGCAGCUAUAUAUUGAAUCAAGGACCAAAUUAUCCAACCAACAGUUUGUAAGAUCAGGUACAGAGCGACAAGGAGGCAACAAGAAGUCUUCUCAUCCUUCAUUUCAGGAGCUGAGAAAUAGUAGUUUGGGCACUGAUUCUUGUGAUGAUUUGAGAAAAGAUCAGCAUACUCCAUCCUAUCAGCAGAUCAAUUGUGUGGACAGUAUUAUCAGGUAUCUCGAGAGCUACAACAUCCCUGCCUUGAAGAGGAAGUGUAUCUCCUGCAGCAAUACAACUUCCUCCUCCUCUGAAGACGACCAGCACAUCAGUCAGAGGCCAGUGGGUGCCCAGGCACUAGACGCCGUUCCCCAGAUUCCAGUCCUGGCCACACCUGCAGGGAGCGAGGACAAUGGCACAGCACUGGCGCUCUCCCCCAAAGCCAUGAGUGUGCUCUCUGCUACGAGCCAGUGCAGCUACCGCAGCACCCUGGUGCACGUCCCCCACCCAGAAUCAGAGAUGACUGCUGGAGAUGAUGUUACUGCAGGCAAUGAGCCGGCUGAGGCCCGGAGCCUGAGCCUCCAGACUUUCCCUGUGGCCCCAGAGGGCUUCAGGCAGGUAGGGCUCACGAAGGCAGUGCUGUCCGCUCACACCCAAAAGGAAGAGAAGAACUACGUGGACAGAUUUCGGGAAAAGAUCUUGUCUUCUCCAUAUUGCUCCUAUCUCCAGCCGGAUGGCAGAAGCAAGAUGAGAUAUCCCCUCAUCCAAGGAGAUGCUCCUUCCAAGCAGACCCCGUCAGCCGGCUGUAAAAAGGGAAAACACAAGCGCCUGAAGCUCCCGGUGUCCUCUCGCAGCAGCGGCUCUUGUGAGAACUUGCCUUCUCUGCUGGGGACGCCAUCUCUGGGCAGACUACCCUGGUCGCCUUCAGACGUGGCCCCCCCCGGCUCGUGUGGGUUGCUGCACCCUCCUUUGGCCCCUUCCCCAGCCUCUGGUUUUCCUGUUCUGCCCCCGAUGUCCCCUCUGAGAGCACAGUGCACAGCGUCCAUGCCUGGACCGGGACCUCAGCCGGGGCUGAGCCCUGCCUACAGGAUGCAGCCGCUGCCAGCAUUCCCUUCUCCUUAUGUGGGUGCUUUUAUGACCAUUAUUUUGCACAACCCCCCUGCCUGUCCCCAGAUGUGCCAGCCAUUCUCUUCCCCGUGUCCGUUCUUGGGUGUGCCUGGUUGCUCUGAAAUAGUCCCACCGCCGCUGCCCUCCUCAUCACCAGUACUGCCGCAGGAGGACCUUCCAGAACCACCAUCCCCAGCCUCCAGCCAGAGAUCAGCUGAAGAGGAGUGGGUGCUCCAGAGCAAUCAGGAGCACCCCUUAUUUAGUCAUUCCAGGAGUAGCUCCCCACUACAGCUGAACCUGCUUCAGGAAGAAUUGCCAGGGGCUCCUGAGUCCCUGGCACACAUGGGACGGGAGUCAGACACAGGAGUGCAGGAUUCACAUCAAGCAGGCGGUAACGAAAAUAGCCAUAAUUCUGUGGCCAAGGAGCUGUUCACCCUGCUACUUCACAAGGACUCUCCAGCUGGAGCUGAUUCUGCAGCAUCGGGUAGUGGGUCUGUGAGCUCUGAUGCCAAUGGCUCACUCUCCCAUGGCACAUCUGGUUGUGGCACAGGAAGCAGUGAUAGCAGCAAAUACUUUGCAAGUAGCGACUAUUCCUCUGAAACCUCCCAGAAUGAGCAGAAAUCAGAGGAAAAAGAAGCACCCCACAAAUCAGGUAGAGACGCCAUCUGGGGGAUGAUAGAGCAGACCCCCGAGUGCGUCCUGAUGACGUAUCAGGUCCCCGAGAGGGUUAAAGAAGAUGUAUUAAAAGAGGACCUAGAGAAGCUGGAAAGUAUGAAGCAGCAUCAACCUCGGUUUACGGAUGGACAGAAAGAGGAGCUGGCAGAAGUGCACCCUUGGAUUCAAAGCCAGACAGUCCCUCGAGAAAUAGACACCCACGGCUGUGUCACGUGUGACAGCAAACGUUCUCUGGGUGUUGGGGCUCUGCCUUACGAGAAGAGUCUGGACGAAGACAGUUGGGUGACUGACCAUGAAGAUGCGCCUGCACAGCCUUUUCAAGACAGAAAACUCUGAUGUUUUUAACACUUGACUCUCUUCUGAAGCCUUGCAUAUCUUCUAAAAUUCUUGCCUUUUCAAUGACUUUGCAGUUAUCAGUGAAUGCUUAGAGCUGUCCAAAAGUUUUCUUCCUUAAUUUUUAAUAGACUUAUUUUUGCAAAUAGAAUGACUUUCUAAAUAGAAUCUUUUACUCUUAAAUUCUUAAAUUUGAAAUGUGUUCCUAGUAUCUUGAAACCAUCAGUUGCAUUUGGCCGCCAUUUCAGCCAUCACAAUUCCAAAGAGGUUAAAUCACAGCAGUGGAUGGUGGAGCAUAAGGUCAGUCUCACCCAGGUGGGAUGUAAUAAGGAGGAUGACUCCAGUGAGCCCGGAGCCUUAACUGCAUUGGAUCCAUCCCUUCUGGCUAAAUUGGGGGCUGGGAUAGUUGUUCCCAUGAAUUCAGUGGAUCCAGGUUCCACACUGGAUGGACUCUACCUCCGUCUCACAGAGCUGCUUCCACUGAAGUUUGUGCUUAAGCAAGACGUUUGCACUCCAGCUUUGCCUUGUUCAGUAAGGAAUAGAGAAGUCAAGUCAACACUCGUAAGCCUUAGUAGGCACGGACAGGCCUUUCUGUCCUCACAGGAAUUUAAACGUCAGCAUUUUGUAGAUCCUCUUGGUUUUUAGCAUUCCCAGACUUUAGAUGGAGUCUAUCUGCACAGCCCCUCCACCCUGCCCUGAGCACUGGCGUCUGCUAGACUGUCCUCUGCCUAGCGUUUUAGGGCAGCGUGGUGGAAGCGAAGGGAUACGCAGUUCAGAGGAAAAUGAUGCUUAGGUUGCUUUUUCCCCCUGUCUUAAAUAUUGUUCCUUCUCAUGCUUGCUUUCUCUCUGGUGCUCCAUAGAGUGAUUCCUUCUCUGAUUUUAAAUGCGUGGACCUCCAGCAGCACAAAGAGCAUGGCGCCUAGGAGAGACCUUUCUCAUUGAUUGAUGCCUCCAAUUCCUGCCCUUUAGCAGGGGAACUAAAUCCUACUUGGAAGUUUUUCAUUUUUAGUGAGCAGUUGCUAGGUAAAAUUGGCUCUCUUUUCUCCAUGAGUGAAUUAAACACAUGCCAUUUAAAUCUGUGAUUAGCAAAGAACCUUUGUAUUCCAUGGUGCCCUGGAACUGGAUGGAUGGUUUCUGAAACAUACAUUCCAUUUGUAAAAUUACAUAAAUUUUUUCCCAUUAGUCUGGGAAGUGUCCAUCACCAUAGGAUUUCCUUGUGGCAAUGACCACACAUUUUUGAGCACUGUCAAAUGCUCAUUCCACAGAAUUUGCUUUGUUUAAAAAAAAAAAAAGCCAAUUAUCUUACUCUUAAGAAUAGUAGAAAUCUCUCCCUUUUAAUUAUUUCCUGGAUCACUUUUAUCUAAGUUUGCAAGUUUAUUUGCCUUAGGACACAGUUCACUGAGAGCUCUGGAUGUGUGUGUACGUACGUGUGAGUGUGAGUGAGAGAUUUUGAAAGAAGUGUAGCAUCAGACGUAAGAGCAUAUAUAUAUACAUAUAUAUAUAUAUUUACAGCCAUUUAUAAAUGAUCACAUUUUGAUAACUUCAGUGUUAGGCUAGAUAGUAUUUUUAGAUUUUUUUUUUUUAUCUCUGUGAAAUUACUACUGCUGGACGUAAGCAAUGUGUUGGUUCAGUAGUGAUGUGGUUACUGCCCGCCCCCCAAGGGGGCUCCACCCAAUCAAAAGCUUGUGGUCAAUGUUUUUAUGAAAUUGUUACAUUCUCGCCUGAAGAAUUCAUGUCUGGAAAAAAGUACGUAUCGUCUCUUUCAAUGUUUACACAAAUGUUGCUGCUCCAGCAGUUGUCUUUCUCGGAUGUGUUGUGAGAAUUUCUUUAAAAAAAGAAAAAAAGAAUGCUAUGUACAUGAGGUGAUUCUAAGGUUAAGAUGAUGCUUGGUUAUAAAUCGCAAGGCAAAUCAGAAUUUGAAUUUUUUUUUAAUUUUUCAACCAAAUUUGUAAUUAGCAAUGUGUGAAUUUAUUUGUUUUUACUGUAUAUGAAUAUCCUGACUAGGUGUCUUGGAUUUUUUUUAAGUAAAAAUAAAACCAGCAGUGAACCUG